AUGUCGUGGAAACUGACCAAGAAACUCAAAGAAACCCACCUCGCCCCCCUUGCCAACACCUUCUCCCGCUCCUCAUCCCAAUCCACCAUCACCCCCGAAGCCGACCACAAGUCCCCUCCGCCCUCCGGCGCGCAGACCCCUUCCUCCCAGACAACAACCACCAGCAAUGGCUCAGACGCACAAGGCAUUGCCGCCUCGGAAUCCAUGGUGUCGCCGCCCGUGGCACCAGCAAGAUCCGGUAUCCUGAUCCUCACUCUACACGAAGGCCGUAGUUUCAGCCUCCCACCAGGCGCAGAAGCGGCGUUUCAACAAGGGCCGCGUCAUGGAAGUAGUAUGUCCGCCGGCAGCUUUGGGGGCAGCUACAUGGGCGGCAACAGCGCGCGGCCGGGGUCCAGCCAGCAUGGUGGCUAUCGGCCGUCGUCUGCUGCGGCGGGGUCGAGCACGAUCAACAGUGUGCCUUCGUCACAUGGUCGCUACCAGUCGAAGUACCUCCCAUAUGCUUUGGUGGACUUUGACAAGCAGCAAGUCUUCGUCAACGCGGUGUCUGGAUCGCCCGAGAACCCUGUCUGGCCGGGCGAGAGCACGCAGUAUAAAUUCGACGUUAGCAGAAGCACGGAGCUGAAUCUGUCGCUGUACAUCCGCAACCCGUCCGCGCCCCCGAAUGCUGGGAGACAGCAGGACAUCUUCAUUGGCACGUGCCGGAUCACGCCUACAUUCAGAGAGGACGCGCAAGCGGGAGCAGACCAGCAGCCGCCCGGGUCUUCGGAAAGCAAGAGCAAGAAGGAGAAGCCGGCGAUCACAGCUACGUCGAGCAAUGGAAGCACUGUAGCAGGUGUGCAAUGGCAUGACGUGCAGUAUGGCACUGGCGCGAUACGGCUGGGCGUGAAGUUCGUCGAGAACCGACAGCGGUCGUUGAAGAUCGAGGACUUUGAUCUGCUGAAGGUGGUGGGCAAGGGCAGCUUCGGCAAGGUCAUGCAGGUGAUGAAGAAGGACACGUCGCGGAUCUACGCCCUCAAGACGAUCCGGAAACAGCACAUCAUCUCGCGGUCCGAGGUGGCACACACACUGGCCGAACGAUCUGUCCUGGCUCAGAUCAACAACCCUUUCAUCGUACCGCUGAAGUUCUCCUUCCAGUCACCCGAGAAGCUCUACCUCGUCUUGGCCUUUGUGAACGGUGGCGAGCUCUUCCACCAUCUGCAAAAAGAACAACGCUUCGACAUCAACCGCUCCCGCUUCUACGCCGCCGAACUUCUAUGCGCCCUGGAGUGUCUCCACGGCUUCGGCGUCAUCUACCGCGAUCUCAAGCCGGAAAACAUCCUCGUCGACUACGUCGGCCACAUUGCCCUCUGCGACUUCGGUCUCUGCAAGCUCGACAUGAAGGACGAGGACAAGACGAACACCUUCUGCGGCACACCGGAGUAUCUCGCGCCUGAACUGUUGCAUGGACAAGGCUACACCAAGGCAGUGGAUUGGUGGACGCUAGGCGUGUUGCUGUACGAGAUGUUGACGGGUCUCCCGCCUUUCUACGACGAGAACACGAACGAGAUGUACCGCAAGAUCCUCGCCGAGCCGCUGCAUUUCCCUGGACCGGAGAUAGUGCCUCCGGCGGCGAGGGAUCUGUUGACGAGGUUGUUGGAUCGCGAUGCUACGAAGCGGUUGGGCACGAAUGGGGCGAGUGAGAUUAAAGCCCACCCCUUCUUCCACUCCAUCGACUGGCGCAAGCUGCUCGACCGCAAGUACGAGCCUAGCUUCAAGCCUAACGUGCUCGACGAGCGCGACACGGCGAAUUUCGACAAGGAGUUCACGAGCGAGGCGCCGACGGAUUCGUAUGUGGAGGGCCCGAUGUUGAGCCAGACGAUGCAGCAGCAAUUUGCUGGUUGGAGUUAUAACAGGCCCGUGGAGGGUUUGGGGGAUGCGGGGGGGAGUAUUGUGCAGGGAAAUGGGUUUGGGGGGCGGUAG